AACUAAGAGAAAGAAGCAUGAAGAGAAAGGCGGCAAUGGAUCCAAUAUUGGUGGACCACAUUGAAUCAGGUGAUGAAUGGAUUGCUGAGAAAGAAGACCCUGUUCUCCCAAUUGAUCCAUCAUGGCUCGAAGAUCAAAAUAUGGCCUUUGAUAUUAGUGCCAUUACAACUAUUCCGAAGUUUGAUGAUCCAAUUGAUAGCAAUGCGCCAUUAACAUCUAAUAUUUUUGAAGGAGUUUGCCCCUCACCUUCCUCAAACAAAAGGAAGGCAACUAAUUUAAGUGGUCCCAUGGGAAGAUUUCUUACUCCUAUAAGAGAGGAAGGAGAUAUAGGAAUGAUUGUUCAUGGUGUGGAUGAUGUACAAGCAGAUGUAGAUGCUGAUGAUGAAAGGCCUAGACCUGGUGACCAAGUGAAUGAGGAUGAUGACGAUGACGAUGAUCUAUUAGAUGUAGAUGAUCUUGAGACACUAGAGUCUGGAGACUAUCAAUUGAGAAUUUAAGAUAUUGAUUUCCGAGGAAUGUGACAUUUGUAUUGUACUUGAUGCUCUUAACUAUGGGAUUUUUAUUUUGAAGAA